GUACAGUAUUUUAUUUGAGACCAAACCAUAAAAAUACAUAUAUAGCAAAUGUACCUAAGUCUGUUAAGUUAUUCAACACUCAACAUGAGUCCUCCUUUCAUUUAUCGUCCAUAUAAGGAAGUAAAGUGUAUGUAAGGAAGAACUUAAGAAGCAACUUUGUUUUAAGCGCGUCCUGUAACCGCCAUAAAUCAGCCGUUCAGAAUUUACGACGGCCCUCCGCAAAUCGGUUUAUAUUUUCGAUAAAUAAAAUUGGCGCGGGUUUUGCGAGGUAAGCAGAGGCCGUUAGGAGCGCGUCGCCGCCCGGUGCCACCAGCUGCCGCGUGCACAUAAACCCGACUACCCUCGCGUUUUCUUGCUGACAAUUUUUUCCUGCUCCGGUCAUUACGCAGCUGGGCCCCGAGACAAAACGGCGAAUCGUUUAAGCCCUCUCCGGAGACCGUCCAAUUUUAUUGUGUGUACCUAGUCGAAAUUGAUAUGCCGCGCGAGCAGUGAGCGCCAGCUCGCAUGCUCGCACUGUGACGGACGGUGGCGGACGCAACUUCUGCGCCCACCCAUUUGCUGCCUCGCAACUUUUGGGUAGUAAAGCUCACAAAAUGAUCGUUGCUCCUUUGAUGUCACGUUAUUACAUAGCGUCAGAUUUUAUCUGUCCCGAGUAUAUUACUUGCAUGAUGAUAUUAAAUAUCAAGUUUACGAUAUAUAUAGCGUUUGUUUUGUUUGGUUAUUAAUUUUAAAACUUAGGUUUCUAAUAAAACAAGAAAUCUUGUUCUUAGUGAAUAAUACAGACUCUUUGAUAAUUGUUUCUAUUUUUUACGCUUUCGAUUAUUACUCGUAUAUUCUGUCUGCUAUUUGACAUUUUAAGAAAAAUGUUAUUUCAAAAUCAUAUGCUAUUUAUUUUCAAAAAGUAAUGUCUGCCAAUCGGAAUGAAUGUGAUAUAACGGUGGUGGUGGGCACCUUAAUAGUUUUUGCUUUGCCCUUAACCCUUUUAAUACCGGGAUUUUCUGUAUGGGAUGUGGUGCCGAAGGUGCACAUCAUCCGUUUUCACCUGUUUAGUCAGUACCUGACAUGGGCACAGCUCAAUGCCGCAGUUGUUUCCAUCCUUGCAAUCCUUUUCUGCUUAUAUCUUGAGAUUCGGAAGCGAAAACUGGAUGAUAUGGUAGAGAAAGUAUUGACAGUGAGUCAAGCGACAGAUACGACGGUGGAAGAGGAACGAGGGCGUCAAGCAGCUGCCAUGAGGGUCUGCGUCGAACUGCUGGAUACCUCUACUGAACACUAUGAAAACCUAAUGCUACUCCACGAUGAGUUACAUAAGAGAGAACCAAACAAGCAACUACCGCCAGCAAUUGAACCUAGCUCUUCAAUUAUGUGAAACUGAUUCAUUGUAUUGCAGAUAAAUAGAGUAAUAAAGAAUACA